AUGAGUACGCAACCUUGGGUUGAAAAAUACCGGCCGAAAAAUGUUAACGAGGUCGCGUACCAGGAGGAGGUUGUCAACACGUUAACGCGCGCUUUGGAGACGGCUAACCUGCCCCACCUGCUGUUCUAUGGGCCCCCGGGAACCGGCAAGACUUCCACGGCCCUAGCCAUCGCGCGCCAGCUCUACGGGCCGGAGCUGAUGAAAAGCCGCGUAAUGGAGCUGAAUGCCUCAGACGAGCGGGGGAUUCACGUGGUCCGUGAGAAAGUCAAGUCCUUCGCGGCGGCCGCUGUUGGGGCCCCAGUGCCCGGCUACCCUUGCCCGCCAUACAAAUUGCUCAUAUUGGAUGAAGCUGACUCCAUGACCCAGGACGCCCAAAGCGCACUCCGACGGACCAUGGAAACCUAUAGUCGGGUGACUCGAUUCGUCUUCAUUUGCAACUACGUGUCACGCAUCAUCGAGCCGCUCGCGUCGCGGUGCGCGAAGUUCCGAUUUAAGCCGCUGCAGCCAACCGUCAUGGCAGGCCGCAUUGAGCACAUCUGCGAGCGGGAAGGUGUCACUCUGGCGCCGGGUGCGUUGGAGGCGCUGUCGUCGGUUAGCGGCGGUGACCUGCGGAGAGCCAUCACGACGCUCCAGAGCGCUGCUAGGCUGGGUGGCGGUACUGUUGACAAGGCGACGUUGUUGGACGUCUCCGGCAGGGUCCCAGCUGAUGUCAUUACCGGGCUGUGCAACUCUUGCAAGGCCCCUGGCGCUUUCGCGGGGCUGCAACGGCAGGUUGCCGGAGUGGUGUCUGAGGGGUUCGCUGCGCAGCAGGUGCUGCAGCAACUGCAGUUGGAGCUCCUGUCGGACCGCGGCACCCCGGGGCUAAAGCUUGCGGAUGCGCUGGAGGCUUUGGCAGCGGCGGAUUUUAGCUUGACAGUAGGGGCGGAUGAAACCAUCCAGCUGCUGAACGUGGUCGGGCAGGUGCACAAGGCUUACGUGGCUGCGUGA